AUGUCUGGUCGUCAGCAGCCUGGAUCUGCCUGUGAGGAGUGUCGUAAGAGGAAGCUUCGCUGCGACCGGAAAAGACCGCAAUGUGGCACCUGCGCCGACACUGGGACCCUAUGCCAGAUCAAUGACCGCCGCCAACGCCGGGGGCCCCGCAAGGGUUCUAUCAAUGCGUUAAGGAGACGAAUUGUGGUGUCGGAACAGCCCUCUGACCUGGAGGACCUGAUGUCGAUCAAUGGGCCUGAUGUCGACAUGAACGAAACACGAGGACUUGGGGAGAGUACGACAACAGACGAGGAUACGGUUGUAGGGCAGCCUCGAGACGACUGUAUGCAAGACACGGCGGGAACGCAAAAUGAAUUGUCGCACACCCACAUACCGCCCGACUUUUCGUCCAUCCACCACUUGCCGUAUCCAUCAUCGGGGGCAUCGAUGUUGACAGACCUGAUGAAGUGGGAUUUAGUCCAACUAUACUUCGACCGAGUCCAUCCCGUUGUCCCAAUCCUCAGCCAGUCCCGGACAUACGGAUGGAGUCAGGACCCCAACACCAUGAACCAGUACCAGCGAUGUUUGCAAUACGCCAUGUGGACAUUGGCCAUGGCCCGGUCCACCCAGUUCGACCAGAUGGGCGACAUACUGUACGCAGAGACUCGCGCGAUGCUGGAUGCGCUGGACCUCGCGGACAGUGAUAUGGGAGCCGGCCAUGUGGAGCAGGCGCAGGCCUGGAUUUUAUUGACGUUGUACGAGUUCUCUCGCACGAACUACCGCCGUGGUUGGGUCAGUGCCGGUCGGGUGUUCCGCCACGUGCAGCUGUUGCAGUUGUAUGACCUUGAUAGUCUGGAGGCCCCAGGGGCUGAAGAGGAUACUAUUGAUAUGGAGGAAAAGAGGCGGACAUUCUGGGUGGCGUACUGUCUCGAUCGCUUCGUCAGCAUCAGCAACGGUUCGCCGCUGACGCUGAACGAAGAAGUUAUCUGCACCCGCCUCCCCUGCUCCGAAGCAGAAUUCCAAAACGGCACCCCGCGCCCGGAAUGCUUCCUCUCACAAGCCAUGGCUAGCAGUGACCCGCACUCCCUCUCCCCGCUGGCCGAAUGCACCGUGUUGGUGACCAUCUGCGGCCGCGCCAUGGCGCACCACCGCGUCUCAACCGUCGAGCGCGUCUACAGCAACAUGCCUCUGGACUUCUGGGCGUGCCACGAAUGGCUGCACAGCAUGCUGGUUAAACGCAUCAAGAACCUCACCGCGAUGUACCCCUCGUUUGCCGUCGUCGUCGAUCCCAUGGCCAUCUUCGCGUGCAUGGUGGCCCAGGCCGCCAUUAUCUACCUAUGCACUAUCAUAGAAGCCCUUACAGAGGACGAGGACGAGGCCUGGGCCGAGUCCACACCCGUGACUGUCUCGGUCCCUGUGUCGACGUACCAGGAGCGAGGUCUGCAGGCUGCGAGGGAAAUUGUGAGGUUGGCGCGUGAGCAUGAGCGGCUUGGUUAUUUCAAGGCCCAUUUCUUUCUGCCGCUGACGCUGUUCCUGAGUGCCAAAUGGUUGGCGACGCAUAGUGAUCGGCGCAAGGUCGAGAGAUCGUCCUCGGAGACUGACACGGAGGCAUUGCAGGCUUUGUUGAAUAUACUGAGGAAGAUGGAGGGGAUGAAUAACCUGGCUGCGCAUCAUUUAUCAAUUCUGCAAGGGUUUAGAAGCAGGUGA